AAUUCGAAUAGACGAGUAUAUAUAUUUGUGACUUGUUUCCACGCAAAAUGAUUCACAUUUCCUUGAAACGUUUGCUGUUCCGCGUUCGUAGUGGACUGCGCGCCAUCACCAGCAGCUGUGCAAGGAGCAGCGAAAAUUUGUUCGUGCAUCGUGACACUCCUGAAGAUAAUCCCAAUAUACCCUUCGAGUUUACGGCUGCAAAUAAGAAGCGAGUUGAGGCCAUACUCAGUAUCUACCCGGAGGGUCACAAGCGUGGUGCGAUGAUUCCAUUGCUAGAUUUGGCGCAGCGCCAAUACGGCUGGCUCCCCAUAUCGGCCAUGCACAAGGUGGCCGAGAUAUUGGGAUUGCCGAACAUGCGGGUCUACGAGGUGGCCACCUUCUACACGAUGUUCAUGCGCAAGCCGAUGGGCAAAUAUCACAUACAGGUGUGCACCACCACUCCCUGUUGGUUGCGCGGCUCCGACGAGAUUAUGGCGACCUGUAAGGAGCAGCUCUGCAUUGGGCCCGGCGAGACUACGAAGGACAAGAUGUUCACCAUUUCGGAGGUGGAGUGCUUGGGCGCCUGCGUCAAUGCCCCCAUGGUAGCGAUCAAUGAUGACUUCUAUGAGGAUCUAACAGCUAAGGACAUGCAGGAGAUCUUAGACGAUCUCAAGGCCGGUAAAAUAGCGGCACCAGGUCCACGCAGUGGACGCUUUGCUAGCGAGCCAAAAGGCAAGCUUACAUCGUUGAACGAAGAGCCCAAAGGUCCUGGGUUUGGGGUGCAAGAUGGUCUCUAAGAGAAGAUCGUUCGGUUAAACAACACUAUAUUCUUGCUAUUAACUGAUGAAAUGCUGCAAUAUUUCAAUUCCGAAGCAUUUCUGUGAGCUAAGUUUGUAAUAAAAACAUCUGUAUUGAACAAUUUUCGAUUAAAUAAUUAACUAACCAAUGCA